AUGUAUUUGUCGGCAUGGGAUCUUCCUUGUCUGAUAGUCUUCGUGACACUGCUAUCUUGUACCUCAGCUUCGGAUCGAGUGAUCAACACCUAUCGAACUUCUACAAACAUCAACAAUGUUCUUAUUAAAGGGGACAAGGUCGGUUUUUAUUUUUAAUUAUAAAUUCAUGGUAACUUCAAGAUAUACAGAGAUGUUGUUUAAACCGAUGUAAACAAAACCGAUCUAAAUUUAUAUUUUAAUUGACGUUUCAGGUUUACAUUGGUGCUGUAAACAACAUUUAUGUGCUCAACAGCCAGCUGACACUACUGGCUGAACAAUCGACGGGUCCAGUACUAGAUUCUCCUUAUUGUUCUCCAGAUCUCAAUAGUUGUGUGGGUUCCAAGGAUCUGAUUGAGUCAACCGACAACUACAACAAAGUACUACAAUAUACUCCCAAGUCGGGUCUUAUUCUUGUUUGUGGCUCGGUAAGACAAGGAGUAUGUGAAUGGCGAGAUCUCAACACCUUGAGGGUCGUCAACAAAUAUGAAGCUUCAGUCAUCCCAGUAGCAGCAAAUGCUCCCAACGCUUCUACAGUAUCCUUGUUGACCAAGGAUGAGUAUGAUGAAGAUCAGCUUUUCGUAGCCGCUUCUUUGACUACAGAAUCCCCGUACAGAGAAGCGUUUCCGGCUGUUUCUACGAGGACACUGCCUUCUUUGGCUACAUUGAAUUCUGGGGAUUUGGAGGGUGAGUUUAUGGUACCUUUUUGUUACAGUAGGGCUGUUUUUGUAAUGUAAUAUAGUUUAUUUUACAAGAAAAUGAUUUUGAAGGUUUUAUAUACUUUCUUUGAUAUAUAAUUUUUUGAUUAGAUUUGUUUUUAAUACCUAGGUGAAUAUGUAAUUGGAUCUAAAAUUCGAAUCUUUAGGCGAAGCAGCCGUCUUUAUCCGAGCUGAUUACCGACAGAUGUUCAAAGUGGAGUACGUGUCUACCUUCACAUACGAGAACUACAUCUACACGGUGUCAGUUCAGAAUCGUGAUCUUAAGUCGAGUUCAGGCCAGCCUGUCUCCAAGCUGAUUCGAGUCUGUCAAUACGAUGACAAGUAAGUGUUUUGACACCUUUAUUAGCUGCAUCAAGGUCAGAUGUGUCACAGAUAACAUGCUUUGGGUUGUAAUUGUGUUCUGCACACAUAUAUAUGUUUUUUGAUAUGUAUCUCUUGAUAGCUAAAAUAGUCUGUCUAAUACCCAAUCUCGUGAUUAGCUCUAUUUUGUAUUCAGAUUUGUUCUAUUUGGUAGUCUAACUCAAUUAGCUUUGUUUCGGGCUUCAAAUAUAUAAUUAUGGCACACUUAUUUUGGGAAAAUGUUGUGGGAAAGGGGGGGGGAGACUAGAGUGGAAGUUACGUAAUCAUGCCAAUAAGCCUGGUCAGGGAAAACAAAUCAAGUGUAAAUAGUCAAGAUUAAGAUCAAUAGUCGAGUGUGAGUAAUUUAAGUGUACCUCGCAGAUACGUUACACAGCUUGACCUUGUAGAUAAGACUUGUGUCCACAAUUGACAUUAACAAAACCUAGGUUUGAAGUGUGUCAAACGGUAAUAGGGUGACAUUUAGGUAUGAGUAAUGAUUAGACGCAGAAAAUAGAAAUAAAGUGGAUGAAGUAACAUAAAAAUGACGUUUUAGGUAUGUAUCGUACUCUGAAAUCGAGAUCCAAUGCCGAGGGGAAGACAACACCAACUACAACAUUGUCAAGUCGAUGAAGUUGAUAGAGAACGAGCUGGUUGGAGUGUUCACAGAUCAGAAUGAACAGAACUCCGCCAUUUGCUUCUACCCUAUGUCCAAGGUUGGCACUACUUUCUUUUACAAUAUCGACAGAUGCUGGGGAGGCACGUCUACAGUAGGCCUACCUCACAUUGGAAGGGAUUCCAAGUGUAUCAAUGUAAGUUGAUGUUGUCCAUUCUUAUAGUUUAUAUGUUUUCACAUUGCAAUAGUUAUUGUUUCGGUAGAUGAAAGUUGGUGGAUCUGUCAGUUUAUGACGACUUCUGUGUUUAAUAUCUUUUACCGCCCUUUGUUUUGGCAUGCUUUGAAUAACAAAGCCUCGGUUUUACCGCCAAGUUUUAUGCAAAUGAGGGAAGACAUCUGGGCGCGGUUCACCUUUCCUCGAAUAAUUAAAUAAUUGUCCUUGAACAGAUGCCAAGAAGUGCAACAUAAGCUAAUAACUUUAUAUUAGCCUUAAUACAGAAUACUAUGGAGUGAAAUUGUAUAUUAACAUAGUCAUUAAACAAUAUUAAAAUCAAAUUUCAGAAGAGUAGAAUCAAAGUGUCAAACGAAUCGUGUGCUCUGGGGGUUGGCGGAUCCAUCGAGAUCUCUCAGAUCGCGGCCAAACAAUUCGACGAUCGUAUUUUAACGGCCGCGGACGCGAGAUUUAUUCAAGGUCAUUAUCUGUUGGCACUCGGCACAAAGUCGGGUGAUAUCUUACAGGUAAGCACAUCCAUCUUGUUGUCUAAAUGUUUUUUUAACCGUUGUUAAUGACUUAGCACUUUGGCGAACAUUUACCACUCAAAAAUUUUGUUAUAAAGCGUUUUGGCUGAAUUUUAUUACCUAAAAGUUGACAAGGACUUAAGUUUUAUAAAAUAGAAAGAUAGCACUUGAAAAUACAUAAAGUCACGAUUGAUAAAUCGCAAAUAGUUAAAAAAUCUAAUAUAACUUUUUGGUUAAUGAAUGUAAUAAAAUGAACAUUUUGAGUAAAUUCUUUGGGAAAACUUUUGGUUUUAUCACCUAAAGUGACAACGCCCUUUGAGGCCUUUGUCAGUUUACUCUGGCCAGAUUUAUGGCCGUCCUGAGUGAUGCAGUGCUGGACCGAACAUCCGGAAGAUUAAUUAGUUCUUCUUUUGUCUCAAAACUUUUGCGCGAAGUUGCUGAUGGAUGGGGACACUAAUUGAAGGAUUUGUUAUUUUAGUGUUAGCGACAGAUGGCUGGUGUUAAAACGGAUAAUCACUUCAAUUUUUAAAACAUAAUGAGCUUGAAUUUCAAAAUAAAAGUAAAGAAAAUGAUGUUAGAUUAAUUAAAAUUUUAUUUUAGUACGAAGUUCAUGGAGACGAAAGGAACAGAAGGCUCGAGGAUUCGUUUGCUGAGUUCUUGGUGGGCCCUGACCCAGUUCAGAAGGUCCAGUUCAUCGAUGACAGAAAGUUUUUGGUUGUCAGUGGGAAUGAAGUAAGUUUCAAGAUUUCUAGUUGAUCUACGUAUUUUAUGGAUUUAAAAUUUAAACUACGGUAACUUAGAGUUUAAGGUCAUGCUACAGUAAUUGCGUGUAAAUAUUUGUAUAGUGGCGACAAACGUUGAAAUUGUAUUACCACACCCUGUGUAUAAGCGAGGAUUAGCCUUAUUUAUAUCGUGUCAUCACGACAUUAAAAGGGCCGCUUUAAUAAUUCCAAGUUUGCGCAAGAAAUGGCGAAAAUAAAAUCCGUAAUUUAGGUCUUUGGGAGUCCAUUAGAGUAACACCCAAGGUCGUAUGCGUGUUACUGUGGAGGGAUUAUUAAGCUACAAUUUGGUGUUGUUAUAUAUCGAGGUAUAGUAACGGUAUGAGCAUAGCGAAGCACAGCUAGCAGUACUUAACGUUUAUUAGCUUUAUAUGUAUGUAACUACGAAAAAGAAAAAACUUAAAAAACCGCAUGAAAUAUCGUUUUUCAAUAGUAAAAAUAAUUUUCUGCAACAAUAGGCUGACAUGCUGUAGUUGCGGUCCCACUGACAUACCAUCUUAUCAGUAUGUUUAUGGUCCAUAAAACCGCAGUAAGAAGAUCGUAAAUUAGCCGGUCGAUCAAAAAGUUUUGUCUUGUUUGCUGAUGACAACGACGGCGGCGCCCGUUUUUCAAGACCGCCGUUAUCAUUUAAUCUGACCGAUCGCUAAUCGACCAGGCCCGGGCCAUCUGUUUGGUCUCAUUAAUAAAGGACAAUGGACAUUAUUUAUGUGCGAACACAUCCCGCAAAGUUUACACAAUAGUUUUGCAUAAAUUACCAGCUUUGCUGUAACGGAAUUAUUAUUAUAAUCCCAAACUUUGGUUUGGCGAGUGUAACAAUCGGCAAUAGAUACUGAAGCAAGGCCAAAUUCUAGUUGAAAAGUUAUUUGAAUAUUGAAAAAGUUUCUGAACAAACAGGUUUUAACAAAUAUAAAAGAGAAUAUGGACUUAAUCUCAAUUAAAAAACUUUAAAACUAAAUAUAAAACAAUAUUUUUUUAGGUUUUAACUUUCAAAGUGUCCGUCUGUUCGAAGAGCUCAUCCUGCCACGAAUGUGUAGCCUCGCGAGAUCCCUUGUGCGGAUUCUGUUUGUUUGAAGGCAAAUGCACUUCCCAGAUCGACUGCCAGACUUCUUUGAUCAGUCAGUGUCCAGAAGCCAAGAGUACGGUCACUCCAGCCAACGCUUCUACCACACUGACCUCAAGUGUCUUCUUCCCUGUCGUCGGAUUACCUCAGCCUUCUCAGAACAAAGGAUACGAUUGCUUCUUCGGCCCCUUCAAAUCAGCUGCUUUGUGGACUCCAGAAGGCGUCAAAUGCAGCCUGCCGAAGCAACGGCCGAGUACGAAGGAAAAGGACAGUACUGAAGUCAAGUUGUCAAUCAGAUCUUCUUCUUCACGGUACAAUAUUGUCCAACAACCCUUCACAUUCUUCGACUGUAACGUCCACACGGUGUGCUCAGAAUGCUCACAGUCAUCGUGGCCUUGUAGCUGGUGCUCAUCUACAAGAAAAUGCCAGUCGGUUGACCUGUCGUGUGAUUCUCAAUCUAACGGCAAAUGCCCCCAUAUUGAUGUUACCAGCAAAGCCACGAUCGAGAUUUCGGAUUCCACCAACCAGUCGAUUUCUUUCAACGUUAGAUACAUGGAUUCAAAGCUGGAUUCGCAAGAUCUGUUCUGCCAAGUGACGUCAUUGGAGAUUGGAGCCAAACCAAUAACAGCUUCAGCUGGCUUUGUCUCGGAGAACAGAAUCCAGUGUGCUCCAAUGUUCUUCAAGUACCGUGACGAGAAGCCAGAGCACUCGUAUCAGUUGGAGUUAAGGAGGGAAAGAGAGCUGAUCGACAAGUUUACUGUAACAUCCUACAAGUGUUCGGUGAUGGCAUCUGACUGUUCUACCUGUUUGGCCUUGGAUCCUAGAUAUAAAUGUACCUGGUGCUCUGGAGGAUGCCACUUUGAUGAUCAUUGUCCCGUUCGGCCGUCGAAGGCCAAGGCUGAUAUACUGUGUACUGCCCCGGUUAUUGAAUCCGUACGUUUUUAAUUCUGAUAUUGCUAAAGCGAAAAAGCUCAAAAUUUUAUUUUUUUGUGAAAAGUGAAUUUGAGGGCGCAGCUUGCGGUUGAUUGUUUGGCAGUUUGCGUAAAAUUAUGGGAUCUGUCAGUGUAUUUUAUAAACUUUUUUUUAGUUCCACCCAGUUUCUGGUCCAAUUGAAGGUGGCACAGUAAUCGAGAUCAAAGGACGUGAUCUUGGCUCUAGGAUUCAAGAUGUUCAAGAUCGAGUCAUGGUGGGAACUUCCAAAUGCAGAGUAAUCGAUUACGAAAUUUCAGUACGGUAAGUCGCUCUAUAAUAGUUUUAGUAAGUACAAGCUUAUAGUUUGGUUUAUAUUAUUUUGGUACUAACUUUCAAAAUGGUAUUUCAACAUGUAUGCUGGGUAAUUUUAGGAUUGUAUGUGUUGUGGACCCAGGAACAUCUUCUGGCCCUAUCAGAGUCACCAUUGGCAAGACUGGGAAACGACAGGUCGAGUCGGAUGUUCAUUUCCAUUUCCUUCAGCCGGUUCUUCGUUCUCUUCAGCCAGCGUUUGGUCCUGUUUCCGGCGGUACCAGAGUCAGAAUCCACGGAGAGAAUCUGGAUGUUGGAGCAGCAGUCAACGUGACAAUUGACAGAAUCCCAUGUGUUGUAGUACCAGAACAGAGAUUCAAGAAUCAGAUCAUUUGUAUCACUUCUGAAAGUCCACGAACCUACUCGGCCGAAACUGUCAAGCUCCAGAUUGAUGAAACCGUCAGAAUCUUGAACACACGAUUCGAAUACAGACCCGAUCCGACGAUAGAAUUUAUAGAACCUUUGGUAGCGUACGAAAGUGGAGGACGGCUACUCACGGUGAAGGGUAAUAACUUUGAUUCUGUAUUGGAAGCCAAGAUCUACCUGACAUCAUCGUCGUAUGUUAACGAGGCUACGAUUGUUUCUGAUUUGGCAGCGUGUCAGAUUCAGAAUGCUACGGAGAUGACUUGUGAAUCUCCAAAGCUGCUACAGAAUCUGAUUAAUUCUGAAGACAAUCACGGUAGACGAGCCUUCAACAAAUAUCCGAUCGGAUUCCACAUGGACGGUGUUAAGGGGGUCAGGAGUCUGGGGCGUCAGAUGUCACUUAUGACCGUAGCCGAUCCACAGUUUGCAUCAUUCAGAGGAGUCAAGACCUUGAGUUUGGGACAGCCGUUGGUCAUCGAAGGAAAACAUUUGACAUUGGCUGCUAGACCUGAUGAGUAUACGGUAAGCAUCAUAUAGAAUAAAUAUGGUUAACAAUUUAAUUAAUUCAUUUAAAAACUGUUACUUGUACAAAAAGUAAUAGAUUAAGCUUCUUAACCGUUAUCUUAUAGGUAACAAUUGGAACAGAGAGAUGCCACGUGAUUGUGUUGGAAGCUCAUCAACUCGUAUGCCGAACUCCUGACCUUCUUCCUCCACCUACAGAUGACCAGGGAACCCCUCUUAACGACGGUCGAUCUUUGGUGGUCAUUCGAUUUGGAUCUGGUCGGAUUCGAGCUGAGAUCGGACCUUUGGAAUUCACGGAUUCGGUAACGCUACAGUCUUCUGCCUUCAUGAAGAACAACUUGGUCAGAUUGAUAUUGAUUCUGGUCUUCGGCAUUGGAAUCGUUGGCAUUGGGCUCAUCUUAUUGUUUUACCUGUGGAGAAGACGUACUAACGAGCACGAGAGAGAUUACAAGAGGAUUCAGAUGCAGAUGGAGCAGAUGGAAUCGAAUGUCCGCAACGAAUGCAAACAAGCGUUCGCGGAGCUACAGACUGAUAUGUUAACCGACUUGAACAUGACCAUGGAUAGCGAAGGUGUGCCUUAUCAUGAACGGGUCGAGUUCUUCGGUAGAUUGCUGUUCAAAGAUGGCAUGGAUUCUUCGAUUCUGAAUGGUUACGGUACAGCCGGGAUAUAUGCAACGUAAGUUGUUCUAUUAAACUCUUGAUUACUUUAUAUGGCAAGUUGUUUUAUUUGCUGUAAAGUUUUUUUUUAAUGUUGUUGUUUCAGCCAUCUUCCAAACGCCAUUAUUCAGUUCGAGAGUCUACUGUACAACCGUCAGUUUGUGUUUGUCAUCGUCCAGAUGGUAGAGUCGAACAUCAAUAUUGGAGUAUCCGAACGGUCCACUUUAGCUUCCUUGUUGAUGGUCACGAUGACAAGAGACAUGGGUUACUGUACUGACGUGAUGUUUACUUUACUAACCGCUCACAUACAACAGUCCUGUCAGAAUAAGACCAGUCAUCUUCUGUUCAGGAGAUCUGACAGUUUGGUGGAGAAGUUGUUCCAGCAUUGGCUCGCCUUUGCUCUUCACCCAGCCAUGGUAGAACCUGUAGGACCAGCUAGACAGUUCUACUUGCUAUACAAGGCUCUAAAGUUCCAAACAGAGAAAGGACCAAUUGACAGUUGUACUGGCAACUCGAGGUAUUCUCUAUCAGAACAACGACUGCUUCGUGAAUCUGUAGAUGCUCAGCCUCUGAUUCUGAUGGUGAUUCUAAUUGACGGCUUCGAUCAGGCUCCGGUUCCUUUAAGAGUACUAGACUGUGAUACCAUCUCUCAAGUGAAAGCCAAGCUUCUGGACACGUUGUACAAGAACGAACCGUUCACCGCCAGAAUGACGGUAGAUCAGUUCGAUCUCGAAUGGAGAUGUCCCCGGAGGGGUAACAUGUUGCUGUUGGACGAUAAUCAGCCUCACAUCAAGGGGGUAAAGAAGUUGCACACGGUAAAGUACUACAACCUACAAUCGAACUCUGUGCUCACGAUGCAACAACGAGGUCAACAUUCGUUCACAACCUUCAGAAGCGAGUCUGGAGGCUCGUCUGAUACUACAUGUUCAGUCUGGUCUUCUGCUCACUUGAUCGAUGUUAACGGUGUGCCAAUAUCUCCUGGAUCUGUUUGUGGGAAUGUGACGUAUUACCAUCUAACACCUCCUAUUGCUAACAAAAGUAAUACGUUACAAAGUCAGGCCAGUGCGUUGUUAUCUUUUGAUAAGAAACAAAGGAAACAAUACGUGCUACAGAGGAAUUCUAGUCAACAGCGACUGUUCAUGGAAGAGAACUCGUCGAGGAAUAUACCGGAGAUAUUCUUGACACGUCUAGUUAUGUGGUAAGUGCUUUAGUCAAGAAAUACCUUGUUAUAUUACUCACAGAUCAGUUUUUAAAUGUCAUUUUUCAGCAAGGGCACUAUUCAACAAUUUAUCGACGAGUUCCUGAACUCGGUCAUGUAUUCUCAAGUAGACGUCAGUGAAGUGCCAGUAGUUUUGAAGUAUGUGAUGGACUUUUUGGACCAACAAGCUCUUAAGAACGGAGUAUCGGAUCCAGAACUGAUUCACGCUUGGAAGACGAACGCCUACGUUCUCAGAUUCUGGAUGCAACUUCUUCACAAUCCAGAUGCUCUGUUUGACAUCCCUCGUCAGUCAUACGUCAACUCAUCGCUGGUUGUCAUUGGUCAGACAUUGAUCGAUGCUUUCUCUCAUUCUGAUGUUCCACUUGGCAAAGAAUCUCCGUCGUCCAAGUUGUUGUUCGCUAAGGAUAUUGCCAAAUACAGACCCGUGGCCACGAGAAUGUUCUCGAGGAUACGACAACAACCUCGGGUUGAUAACGACAAGUUCUUCGAGUACAUUAAGACGUUAACUACAGUAAGUAUACUGAUGUUUAACCCUUUUUGGUUAUAAUUUUGUAAUAUUUUAUUAAUAAUACAGUAUACUUGGUGUUUUUAUAUCAAUUUUGUUUCCAGGAAUCUUGUGGUAUGUCCCCACAUAUGGCCAUGAACGAGCUGUUGAACUGGUCCAAGGCCAACAUCCUUCGCCUGACCGAUCUCCUUAACCAGGACCAGACGUGCCUGAAGCAGAGGUUGGCCGAACGCCUUCAGGAGUCGGCCAGAUGCUCGCUGGUGCCUUCCGAACCUCCAGAUCAUAUUUACGCUACUUUGCAGUAA